CUUCCGGCAAUUAGCGCCUGUGCCGCUCCCUGUUCGCCCCUUCCUCCUUUCACUUUGGGCCCCUCGGAGGCCAGUUUUAAAAAAAUGGAACCUUGUUCCUGUGACACUUUUGUGGCACUACCUCCAGCAACAGUUAAUAACAGGAUUAUUUUUGGAAAAAAUUCAGAUAGACCCUGUGAUGAAGUACAGGAGGUAGUUUAUUUUCCUGCUGCAGUUCAUGACAAUCUGAAGGAACAUCUUAAGUGUACUUACAUAGAGAUUGAUCAAGUUCCUGAAACAUAUGCUAUUGUCCUUAGUCGCCCAGCUUGGUUAUGGGGGGCAGAAAUGGGAGCCAAUGAGCAUGGAGUUUGCAUUGGGAAUGAAGCUGUAUGGGGAAGAGAAGAAGUUUGUGAUGAAGAGGCACUACUGGGCAUGGACCUUGUCAGACUUGGUCUUGAAAGAGCUGAUACAGCUGAAAAAGCCCUCAAUGUCAUUGUUGAUUUAUUAGAAAAAUAUGGCCAGGGUGGAAAUUGUUCAGAGGGCAGGAUGGUAUUUAGCUAUCACAACAGUUUCCUGAUAGCUGAUAGGAAUGAAGCCUGGGUUCUGGAGACUGCAGGGAAGUACUGGGCAGCAGAAAAAGUACAAGAGGGAGUUCGUAAUAUUUCUAAUCAGCUUUCUAUAACAACCAAGAUUGAUCGGGAACACCCAGACAUGAGAAGCUAUGCUAAGCAGAAAGGUUGGUGGGAUGGUAAAAAGGAGUUUGAUUUUGCUGCAUCAUACUCUUAUCUUGACACAGCCAAGAUGAUGAUUUCUCCAGGCAGAUACUGUGAAGGCUACAAGCUUCUGAAUAAACAUAAAGGAAACAUAACCUUUGAAACAAUGAUGGAAAUUCUCCGAGAUAAACCAAGUGGCAUUAAUAUGGAGGGAGAAUUCCUGACCACUGCAAGCAUGGUUUCUAUUUUACCUCAAGGCUCCAACAUUCCUUGCAUCCACUUCCUUACAGGGACUCCUGAUCCUGAGAGAUCUGUUUUUAAGCCUUUCAUAUUUGUACCAAAUAUUUCACAACUAUUGGACACCAGUUCACCCACAUUUGAAGACUCAGUUAAAAAGAAGCCACAGUUUAACAUUAAGCCUGACAGAAGACACCUACUCUACCAAAAACAUCAACAGGCCUUGGAAAUACUAGAUAAUAAGCAGGAAAAAGCCAAAACAAUGUUGGACAACAUGAGCAAACUGGAGAAGGAACUAUUCAAAGAGAUGGAAUCAAUCCUUCAAAACAAGCAUCUUGAUGUGGAUAAAAUUGUUAAUCUUUUUCCUCAGUGUACAAAAGAUGAAAUUAGAAUUUAUAAGCCAAAUAUUAGUUCUUAGUGAUCGUAUAAAUGGUCAGCAAUCUUCCUCAAAAUUAGAAUCUGUUACCUUGGUAAAUAAUAUAAAUUAAGUUUGAGCAGAUCUGAUUAUUCUUUAAUAGCAUUCAGGUGAUAGCUUGGCUAUUAAAACUACAUGUAGCCUUGAUGAAAUAUUGAGAAAGAAAAUAACAUUGGAUUUGGACACAUAUAUCAUGGAUAGCCAGGUAUCACUUUAGGUACCAACUUGUAUUUUUUUUUCUAACCACAAUACCUUUUAAAAAAUCACAGUAAUUAAAUAUCCAAUUCUGCAUAAAGCAUGAAACAUUAAAAUAAUGUAUACAUUUAUUAUAAUUAUAUAUUGUCCUCAAAUAAUUUUCUCAGUUAUAACAAGAAAGCAGAUUUUUCUUUAGUAAUGGAAAAUAUUGAUUCAACUAAUAAGUUUUUUUGUGCUUUAGGCAAGUAUUAGCCAGCUCUAGCAAAAUUUUCUAGAUUUACAUUGUCUUAUCCCAGUCUUUUAAUUAUGCAAAUGUUUUACUAAACUCAAACAUGCUCUUUGUCAAGACUUAGCUGACCAGUGAGCUUUUAGCUCUAAUUAUCUAGCAUUUUUUCGCCCAUACCCCUUAACAGACUCUUAUGUUAAUAUUUUUAGAAGAGCUUUCCUGGGAGAUUACAAAAUGGAAUAAGCCAAGACCUUAGGAGGUAUUAUUUUGGUGUCUCAAAUCUCUCUCAUCUUUUACUUCUGUUCAUUCAGUGAAAACAGGAACAGGAAUGAGAGAGUGGUAAUGAAAUAGAAGUAUUAGCAUAUUAUGAACAUUAAGAAUGUUAUAAUGUAUAAUGUAUUAUGAACAUUAUAUAUGAAUAAUAAUACCUGUCCAAAGAUUACAAAACUCUGUUAAAGUUACACAGGGAUUACCAAGUAAUACUCAAAGUUGGAAAUAUAAACAAAAGAAAAAUCCAACUCAAAAUAACACUAUGUUGGGCUUCCCUGGUGGCGUAGUGGUUGAGAGUCCGCCUGCCGAUGCAGGGGACACGGGUUCGUGCCCCGGUCCGGGAAGAUCCCACAUGCCAUGGAGCGGCUGGGCCCGUGAGCCAUGGCCACUGAGCCUGCACGUCUGGAGCCUGUGCUCCACAACGGGAGAGGCCACAACAGUGAGAGGCCCGUGUACCGUGAAAAAAAAUAAAAAUAAAAAUAAAUAAAUAACACUAUGUUUUUAUUGGUUUCUAGAAAUUUCCAUUUUAGGUGUUUGAUUGCAUUAUCAUAUUUAUUGGUCACUAUCACUGCAAUUAGGAUUAUUACUAAAAUAGUGGAUCAUUAUAUUUAAAGAGUCCUCAGAAAUUAUUUUUUAAAUUCUCUCAUAAAAAUCAUAAUCUGCCUGAUGGCUCUUGUCUGAUGCAGGGCUGCCAUUACAAAAGAAAACUGUAUCAAAUGCUCAGUUAAUUCUGGUUUGCCUUACAUAUAAUUCAGUGAUAAGUUCUUCCUAAAUCAUGAAGCCCCUUGGGCAACCCCCAAAUGUCCCCCCCUCUCUUUUUUAAUACGUGAGGAAACUAAGGGUAAGCAGUUCAUUGAUUUAUUUAGGCACAGAAAUGUGCCUCUCUCUAGGGCCUGCGUGUUUUCACUUUCUCCUUUGACACCAUGCUAGACCAAACUAGUACCAGGCUCUCACCUGGACCACUGCAGUUAAGUUCUGCACCCAUUUUUGCUCUUUAUCUUCAUCCACAUGGGUUACUGCAGCUAGAGUGAUCUAUUAAAAUUUUAAAUAUGUUCAUGAAUUUCCCUCCUAAAACUUAAAAAAAAAUAGACUUGAGGGAGGGGAAAAAUAGACUUUAUUUUUAGAGCAGUUUUAGGCUUAAAACAAAAUUGAGCAGAAAGUACAGAGUUCCCACGUACCCCUGUUCCUCUAUCCUCCCCUCCACCAUCAACAUCCCACACCGGAGUGGUACAUUUGUUAUAACUGAUGAACUUACACUGACACAUUAUUAUCACCCAAAAUCCAGAGUCUGCAUUAGGUUUCACUCAUUGUACAUUCUGUGGGUUUGGAUAAAUGUAUAAUGACGUGUAUCUACAAUUAUAGUAUCAUACAGAACAGUUUUACUGCUCUAAAUAUCCUUUGUGCUCCACCUAUUCAUCCCUCCCUUCCCCUAACCACUGGCAAUCAUCUUUUUACUGUCUCCACAGUUUUGGCUUUUCCAGAAUAUUGUAUAGGUGGAAUCAUACAGUAUGUAGCCUCCUUUUCAGAUUGGCUCUUUAACUUAGUAAUAUGCAUUUAAGUUUCCUCUAUGUCUUUUCAUGGCUUGAUAACUCAUUUCUUUUUAGUGAUGAAUAAUAUUCCACUGUCUGGAUACCCUGGUUGCUGAUAUCCACUACUGAAGGAUGUCUGGUUGCUUCUGUGUUUUGGCAAUUAUGAAUAAAGCUGCUAUAAAUAUC